AUGCCCAGUUCUACAAUCAGUACCUUUCCGGUUGAAAUAUUAUCAGUUGAUAAUACAGCUGCAACACCACAGUUUGCUCAAUUUUGGGAAGUAGUCGUAGUGGCAGCUUCACCUAUCAUACUAGCUUUUUGUCUUUGUUUUUGCAUUGUUUGUCUACUGUUCCGUCGCCAGGAAGCAGGAGCAAAUGUAACAACGACAGUCGUACAAUCACACUCUCGUCGUACUCCCCUAGCAAAUAUUUUACGUCAAUUACCUCCACCACCCAAAUAUGAUGUUGCAAUUGCUUCAACACCUCCACCACCCAUUUAUACGGAUGAAGAAAAAAAUUUGAUUUAUGAUCCACUUCGUGCUUUUAUGGCUCUUCGAGCAGCUUCAACAAGCAGCAACACCACAUCAUCUACAAAUUCCUCAGCAGGAGGCGGAUCCUCUUCCGGAUCAUCAUCCUCUUCAAGUUCAACAACAACUUCACCAACAUUAUCAAUUCAAUACUUAUACCCUCCACGUUAUGAAGCUCAAGCGCGUCCACCAUUGACCGUUGUGACCACAGAUGAAACAUUAGUUCCUGUUGGACCACCGGAAUAUGAGCAAUCAUCAUCUGACCCUCGUAUCAUCAUAGUUCCGGAUUUGAAUAAGCAACGUUCAACAUCAACAGUACCUCGUCCGGACUCUUUACCUUCCAUGACAAAUGAAGGUCCUUCAAAUAGAUAA